UUAAUUCCUGGGGGGGAAAUCCUUCUGAUUUUUAAAAUGUGUGUGAGGUUUAUCCGAGGUGAGGGAAUUAGAUGGCAAGAUACGUGACACAUCGUUUGCAGUAACCCUAUUUGCCAGGUCUUUCCCUGUGUGUAUGAAGGUUACGUUUGUGCUCCGGCCCCCUCCCCUCACUGACAGCGAGUUUAGGCCGGAGAACGAGGGGGCGUGGCUAGAAGUCUCGUACCGGAGGAACUGACUGACUGAGUAACUAAAGAGGAGCUGUCGGGGGAGAAGUGACACAGUGGCAAUUGGGACGGUGACAGCAGCGUGUAGCCGGCUCUCAUUCAUUACUCAGGUAAUCCCCAUCAGUAAGGAUGGAAACAGAAAGCAAUGAAGACGCCAAAGCUGUUUACAGAUGCUCCCCUGGUACUAUAUUUUUGGAAGAAAAGGUGAAAAAACCCAUGAGUUUAAGGAGCCGCUUAGCUGAGAAAGUAAGGAAGACAUGCAGCUGUUCUCCCGGGAAAGCCAAGGAGUUGUUGUUCAGCUUCUUCCCUGUGUUAGAGUGGCUGCCCUCUUACAAGCUGAAGGAAUACCUCCUGGGGGACAUGAUGUCUGGACUCAUUGUGGCAAUACUUCUGGUGCCUCAGUCAAUUGCAUAUUCUCUUUUAGCAGGACAGGAGCCAAUCUUUGGCCUCUACACUUCAUUUUUUGCCUGCAUUAUUUAUUUCUUUAUGGGAACCUCUAGACAUAUCCAUGUUGGGAUAUUUGGAGUGUUGUGCUUGAUGGUGGGUGAAGUGGUGGAUCGGGAACUACAAGUUGCUGGUUACGACAGUCUGGACAGCCACAAAGGACAGAUCACGGUGCUAGAUGCACUAAAUGAAAAUACCACCCACAGCCCAUUUGAUCAGAAUCAGACAGUGGCCAUGACCUGUGACAGAAGUUGUUUUGCAAUCACAGUUGGAGCCACUGUUACUUUUAUGGCUGGAGUCUAUCAGCUUGCAAUGGGGUUUCUUCAGUUUGGUUUUGUUUCGGUGUACCUUUCUGAUUCAUUGCUGAGUGGAUUCGCAACAGGAGCAUCUUUCACCAUCCUUACUUCUCAAGUGAAAUACCUCCUAGGUUUAAGUAUACCUCGUGCCAAUGGGAUUGGCUCAUUGAUCUACACCUGGAUUUACAUCUUCCAGAACAUUCACCUGACCAACAUUUGCGAUCUGGUCACUAGCAUUUUGUGCCUUCUUGUCCUCAUUCCAGCCAAAGAACUCAAUGAGUACUAUAAAUCUAAACUCAAAGCUCCAAUUCCCAUUGAACUACUUGUGGUUGUUGUCGCCACCCUUGCAUCACAUUUUGGGCACCUUAAAGAGAAUUAUGACUCCAGUAUAGCAGGGACUAUACCUACUGGAUUUUUAAUGCCAAAAUCACCAGACUGGAGCUUAAUUCCCAGCAUUGCUUUACCUGCUUUAUCAAUUGCUAUUAUUGGGUUUGCAAUCACUGUUUCUCUGUCCGAGAUGUUUGCCAAGAAACAUGGGUACGAAGUCAAGGCCAAUCAGGAGAUGUACGCCAUUGGAUUUUGCAACAUCAUUCCAGCCUUUUUCCACUGCUUCACAACAAGUGCAGCUCUAGCAAAAACACUUGUGAAAGAGUCUACAGGAUGUAAAACCCAGGUUUCAGGGAUCAUGACAUCCUUGGUCCUUUUACUAGUACUUCUGGUAAUUGCACCUCUGUUUUUUUCUCUACAAAAAUGUGUCCUUGGUGUUAUAACCAUAGUGAAUUUAAGAGGUGCACUUAGAAAGUUUCUAGAUUUACCAAAAAUGUGGAAGGUUAACAAAGUAGAUACAACGAUCUGGCUAGUGACCAUGUUUUCUUCAGCUCUGAUCAGCACAGAGCUGGGUUUACUGAUAGGUAUUGCAUUUUCCAUGCUUUGCAUCAUUGUAAGAUCUCAGAUGCCUGUGUCAACUCUGCUCGGCCGGGUGGACAAUACAGAGGUCUAUGAAUCAAUAAAUGUCUACAAAAACCUUAACAUCCCACAGGGCAUUAAGAUCUUUCGUUUUGAAGCCCCUAUAUAUUAUGUAAACAAACAACACUUUAAGAUGACCUUGUACAGAUAUUCUGGCGUUGAUCCUACGUCACUUGCAGCAGCUGAAAGAAAGAAGGCUAAGAUAGAAAAAUUAAGAAGACAAGAUGGUAGUAUGGAGAUAAAAACUCGGGAAGAAACUGCCCAUUGUCUCUACAAAGAGCAACAACCAGUACAUACUCUGAUCAUUGACUGCGGCUCCAUUCAGUUCAUAGACUCAGCAGGAAUGAACACCUUGAAAGAGGUUCUUAAAGACUAUAAUGACAUUGGUGUGCAGCUGCUGCUUGCUCAGUGCAACGUAACCGUAAAAAAUUCCCUUCGGAAUGGGGACUUCUUUAAAAGGGAGGAAAGCACUGUGAUGUUCCACAGUGUCCACCAAGCUGUCCAAUUUGCACUUAACGUCCAAGAGCAAAGUGAUGCCUAUUUAAAUGGCUCUGCCGUAUAGCAAAGCAGUGUAGCGCAUAUUUGUAUGAGAUGAGUCAAGCAAUUCAGUAAACUUCUAUGUACUUUAGGAGUUGUUGGCCACAUCGUUUGUUGAAUAUGUGGAGGCAACAUUCAACACAUUCCAAAAAAGUGCUACAAAAUCCUAAUGUCGUACAAUCUCGGAUCUCAGUGGACAAUUCUUUCCCUCUUUUGCCUUUGCCAUUAUAUGUUUGCUGAACAUUAGAGAAGGUAUUGUCUAAGGCAAAAUUAUGGAUAGGCUUUAGAUUGAAAAAAAAUGGGUCCUUAUAAAGGUUGUCUUUGAUUUGUUUCACCUAGAAAGGUAGUGACUAUAAGCUAUAUGUGCCUUCUGCAUAUCUCCAAAAAUGAUUUUCUUUUUCGUUUCUGAUCAGUCAUAUGAGAGUAAUUAUUUUUGUACAAUCGUGCUAACAUUUUUAGCAUUUAACAAGGAUUUUAGGCCUAUCCUGUGAUUUUGAAGGAUUCAUUUGAAAAAAAAAAAUAGCCAUUUUAAAAGCUGCCGUUGCAGAACAGCUGGGAAAGAGCAAUAUUUACACCCAACCUGAAAUUUGCCAUUGUUUUUGGGGAAAAAGUGAUUAAAGUGUCUUUACAUAGUUAUAUGUAUUCUAAUUGAUUAGAAAGGUAUUAUGUGAAAUCCACAUCAAUAUAUUGCCUUAGCUCAAUAGAAAUAUAUGGAAGACAAUAGAAUAUAAUCAGAUAUACGCCAAUGUGUUCAAGUCACAGAUGAAGUCAAAAGGACAUAGUUUUGUCAGAGUUGUUUGGAGUAGAAUUGGACUUUACAGUAACAGUGUAUAUAACAUUGCAUUUUUGCUCAUUUACUAUUAAGUUAUUUUGCCCUUAGUACUGUACAGAACUGACAUUAAGAACAUUCAUAUUUUUUUUCAAUUGUUUGUGUGAUACUCCUAAAAUACACGUUAGGCCGAUUUAUCUGAAUUCUCGUAGCUUGAAUUUUCUCAAGCAUAAAAACCGUUGAAAAUUCUCAAGUUGCUUUGCCAGUCUGUUUAAAAAAUGAAGUGGAGUAAAUCAAACAAUCCCUAAAGUGUCCAUUGGUUUGAAUGGAUUUCUGUAGCUCUCUGAUUUGUAUUUUAUUGGAAAAAUGGUAGUGAGAAGCUGCAAGAAAAAUUGAAAAAGCAUCUAAAAAAAUCUCAAUCUUCAGCAGACCUUGAUCUUUGAUAAAUUAGCCCCUUAAAUGCAUUUUUCUUACAAAGUUAUGUUGUGCAUUACGGGCUAUGGCACCAAAUGCUUUUUGUUUGCUGCUGCUUGUAGUGCUGAUGAAAAUGCUUGUAUCAAAGCUCUAAGUGAUAGUCUUGCACCGGUGCUCUUCAAAAUCCAACCUGUGUACCUGAAGGAGACCCUGAUAUGAUAAUUAUAGCAGAUUUCCUACAUCUGUCUGUGUGUGUAAGUAUAUGUAGCAGCGUUUUUCUAACAGCACUUUUCUUCAGUAUAACAUUUUUAUUGUUUAUGUGUUUAAAUGUGCCUUUUGGAACUAGAUGUCCUAUCACUCUUACAGUCACAGCCAUGGUUCUUAUGAUAUGGCUCUGCCUUAAAUUUAUAUAAAGGUGAGAUCUGGAAAUCUUGCCAAAGUAAAGUAUACCGAAAUUAUUUUGUGCAAUCCCUAGUAUUUUAAAGCCAUAACAAGUUUAUAUAAAUGUUUUUUGUUUUUUUUUUCAUUUUGACAUCUCUAAUCUUUGGGGAAGGCACGGAAACCACCAGCUUUGAGCUUUUCUAUGUCCCAGUUCUAUAAACCUCUUAAUAUUACAUCGGGAUUAUUGGAAACAAAAGAGUUGCAGCAUAGUAAGAAAAAUGAUGAGUAACAAAUCAUUUUAGGUGACUGUGUGGCUUUGGAGUAGCUAUAGUAGCCAUUAAGCAUGUCUAAGAAACAGAUACGCUUUUAUUCUGUACAUAAAGGGAAUUGGAAUGGAUAAAGUGGCACAUGAAACGCAAAAGCAGACAGUUAAAAGAUGCAGGGGCAAGAAGCAGAGAAAGGGAGGCUACUCUAUACAUCUGUGCCCCAGAGUUCCAAUUAGGAAGAGAAACAGGGAACACAAUAUAAUUAGGUAAAAUCAGUAGCCUUUUUUUCAAUAUUUUCAAUUCAGUUCCAGUGCUUUCUGCCUCAUUAGAUUCUGGCAUUCAGGUCUUCCAUCUCAGUCUAGACUUGCUUUUGAAAAAUCUGCUUUUAUAUGUUUCCAGAUGACAAAUUCUUAGCCCCAUGCAACUUUUAAGCCACAGUGCCUUUGUAGCCUAUCCAUUUCAAGUCUGGUAUUAAACAUUCUGCAGAAAUGAUCAUUUAUUUCAGUUUCACCUAGAACCUAGUGUGGGGUGCAAAGAAAUUCUAUGUGACAGACGCCCCAUACAUAAUUAAAUGUACCUAUACUAUAUUAUAUCUUUUCAUAUCUUAUUUUAGAUCUGUGCUAAAAUUGAGCCAUUUAGAAGUAAUACCUAUAUAUAUAUAUAUAUAUAUAUAUAUAUAUAUAUAUAUAUAUAUAUAUAUAUAUAUAUAUAUAUAUAUAAAAUCAAACCGAAUGGAAUGCACAAAAAUUAGUAUGCAGAAACCUGGGUGCUAGUCCGAGAAGUAUCUAGACAAAAUGCAGGUAUUGACAACACUCCGAGGAAAAACAUCAAGUCAAUAGUUCAAAUGAAAGUGGAGAUUUAUUGGUGAUCCAAAGUUUUGGCUCCGCACAGGAGCCUUCGUUAGGGAAAGAAAA